GACGCGCGCGCCACGCCCGGCUGUCUCCGCCCCCUUCCGCGCAGCCAAUCGCAGGCGAGACGCCGGGCGCGCGCACGCUGCCUCGAGUUUAACGGUCGCAAGAGGCCGCUCGCCUGACCCUCACAUCGGCAGUGGGAGCGGCGGUCAGACUCUCUUGGAAGUUUAGGCUAUUUCACAGUUCUGAAUGUUAGCAACGGAAAAUGAUGGUAGACGAUGAAGCAUCUGAAGAUGACUCCGGAUUCAGUUUCCGCAAACAGUCAAAGAACCCUUAUUUUCAAAUAAGAGAGUAUCACAAUUUCUGUACAUUAUGGAAGAUUUUGACUUGGUGAAAACCUUACAAAAAACUUCAUCUGUAGAGUCUGAUACAAAUUCUCCCCAUUCUCUUGGGCUGAACUUAAAUACUAAUAGAAGUAGUCCCCACCUUUGUACAAAUGGGAUAUCCUCUUUCUCAGGGAAGACCAGACCAUCUGUAAUUCAAGGGACGGUUGAAGUCCUAACUUCUUUAAUGCAAGAGCUACAAAACGGUGAAAAGACUGAUCUUAAGCUUUGGAAAAAUUGUGAGACCAGGUGGUUACAACUUUUCAAUUUGGUGGAAAAACAAUGUCAAGAACAGAUAGUUGCUCAGCAGGAACAAUUCCACAACCAGAUUCAACGUAUACAAGAGGAGAUAAGAAAUUUAGUCAAAUUACAGACCACUAAUGCUUCCUGGGUUUCCUACAGUAGUAGUUCUUUAAGCAAACAAGUAUCUUCAGAAAGUCAAAUGGGUUUUUUUUCUGAAAACAGUGAGAGAAAUGAAUCUGUUACCAGUUAUCCUAGAUCUAAAGAAUCUGAAAUGCAGCAAGAAACAUCCACAUCACAACCAGACUGCAAUGUGGACAGUAGCUCAGUGAGCAGUGGGUAUGGUACCUUUUGUGUCUCAGAAUUAAAUGCAUACAAAUCUAAAGAGCCUGCAGAGUUCAUGGAGCACACAGACGUUUCCAAAGGACAGUAUGUAGCACCUGUGGUGCAGACAGAUUCACUCGUAGAUGAUUUGAACAGCAAGAGUUUUUAUAUACAGAAUACAGGAGAGUUUUGUGCAUCUUUAAAGGAAGAUGUUUCCAUUUUUCCUGAUGAAUUUGAACCUAAUUUUCCUGGUGAAAAUAAGAUUUCUGAAGUAUACAGUGGGAAAACAAAUAGUAAACAUAUAACAUCAUGGGCACAAAAGCUGAAGCAGAACCAACCUAAGAAAGCACAUGGAGAAGAUGGAUGUUCAAGAUCUAAGCAAGGAAAUGAGCAAAGCAAGGAACCACCACUUGAGAAAUCUGAUUUCGCUGCUGCUACACAUCCUUGUGCUUUUUACCUCAGUAAACCAGAUGAAACUCCAAAUGCCUGGAUGUCUGAUUCAGGAACAGGACUAACUUACUGGAAAUUGGAGGAGAAGGACAUGUAUCACUCUUUGCCCGAAACUUUAGAGAAGACAUUUGUACCAUUGUCCUCCACAGAUUUGUUACCCAGCCAGUCUAAUACUUGUAAUGAGAUGAAGCUACCAUCACUGAAGGAUAUAUAUCAUAAAAAACAAAGGGAAAACAAGCAGUUACCUGAGAGGGAUCUCACAUCUGCUUCCAACCCAAAUCAUCCACCAGAGGUCCUGACUCUAGAUCCAACAUUGCAUAUGAAGCCAAAUCAGCAGAUUUCAGGGAUUCAACCACAUGGCUUUUCGAAUGCCCUUGAUGACAGGAUAUCCUUUUCACCAGACUCUGUUCUAGAACCUAGUAUGUCUAGUCACUCUGACAUAGACUCAUUUUCGCAAGCAAGUAAUGUCGCUUCUCAGCUAUAUGGAUUCCCAAAAUAUCCUUCAAGUACAAAAGCUUCACUGGCGGACUCUUGGAAAAAUCAUACAUUCCAGAAUGAAAGUAGAACCAGUUCCACGUUUCCUUCAGUAUAUACCAUAACUAGUAAUGACAUCUUGGUCAACACUGUAGAUGAAGAAAACCCUGUCAUGGUCACUUCGGCCUCAGUCAGUCAGUCUCAGCUCCCAGGUACAGCCAACAGUGUCCCAGAGUGCAUUUCACUGACUUCCUUGGAAGAUCCUGUGAUAUUGUCUAAGAUUAGGCAGAAUCUGAAGGAAAAGCAUGCUCGACACAUAGCGGAUCUUCGAGCUUAUUAUGAAUCAGAAAUACAUAGUUUGAAACAGAAGCUGGAGGCAAAAGAAAUUUCUGCAGUUGAAGAUUGGAAGAAAACCAAUCAAAUUCUUGUAGACAGAUGUGGCCAAUUAGAUAGUGCUUUGAGUGACGCUACUAGUCGUGUGAGAACACUUGAAAAUAAGAAUAACUUACUGGAAAUCGAAGUGAAUGAUUUGAGAGAACGCUUCAGCGCAGCCAGCAGUGCCUCCAAAAUUUUGCAGGAACGAAUUGAGGAAGUGAGAACUAGUAAUAAAGAAAAAGAUAAUACCAUCAUUCGACUAAAAUCUAGAUUGCAGGAUUUAGAAGAAGCCUUUGAAAAUGCUUACAAACUCUCAGAUGAUAAAGAAGCUAGACUAAAACAAGAAAACAAAAUGUUUCAAGAUCUUUUAGCAGAGUACGAGUCCCUUGGAAAAGAACACGGAAGAGUAAAGGAUACAUUAAAUGCAACUGAGAACAAAUUGCUUGAUGCACAUACUCAGAUUUCUGAUUUAAAAAGAGUGAUCUCAAAACUUGAAGCUCAAGUCAAGCAAGUAGAACAUGAAAAUAUGUUAAGUCUUCGUCAUAAUUCUAAAACUUAUACAAGACCUUCACGUGCCAAUACAUUGGCGACUUCAGACGUCAGCAGGCGGAAGUGGCUGAUUCCAGGUGCAGAGUAUUCUAUCUUUACUGGCCAGCCUUUGGACACCCAGGACUGUAAAGUGGAUGACCAACUGGAGGAAACCUGUAUCCCUGGGUCAAGUUUACUGAUAAAAACACAAAGAGAGACUACAGAUACACCCAUCAUGAAAGCUUUAAAAGAAUUUGAUGAAGAAAAAAUAUUUAAAAAUUGGGGGACACAAACAGAGAAAGAAGACACCUCAAAUAUGAAUCCUCGACAAACUGAAACUUCAGUCAAUGCAAGUCGUUCCCCAGAGAAAGGUGCCCAACAGAGACAAAAGAGACUUAAUCCUGCCUCACAGAGAUCAUCAUCUUUACCACCUUCAAAUCGUAAAUCAAGUGUUCCAACAAAAAGAGAGAUUAUGUUAACACCAGUGACUGUGGCUUAUAGUCCAAAGCGAUCCCCUAAAGAAAACUUGUCCCCAGGAUUUAGUCAUCUGCUUAGCAAAAAUGAAAGUAAUCCAGUUCGAUUUGAUAUACUUUUGGAUGAUUUAGAUACUGUUCCUGUGUCUACAUUACAACGUACCCAUCCAAGAAAACAACUCCAGUUUCUUCCUCUAGCUGAUGACUCAGAAGAAAAAAAAUAUUCUGAGAGGGCCAUCGCCAACCAUGUUAAUCAUAGCUCUUGCCCUGAACUGUUGCCAAAUGGAGUGAAAAAAGUACCUGUGAGACCAGCCUGGGAGAAGAAUAAAUCAGUUAGUUAUGAACAGUGUGAGCCUGUUUCAGUAACCCCACAGGGUAAUGAUUUUGAAUAUACAGCAAAAAUUAGAACCCUAGCUGAAACGGAACGUUUUUUUGAUGAACUUACAAAAGAAAAGGACCAGAUUGAGGCAGCAUUAAGCCGGAUGCCUUCUCCUGGAGGACGAAUCACUUUACAGACAAGACUAAAUCAGGAAGCCUUGGAAGAUCGUUUGGAAAGGAUUAAUCGAGAACUGGGUUCAGUUCGCAUGACACUAAAGAAAUUUCAUGUUCUGCGCACCUCUGCAAAUCUUUGAGAUUUGUAGCCAUUAAAUUUUGAGACAGUUUUGUUUGCACUAAUGUAUAAUUAUGCACUCAGAAAAGGCAAACUAUUUUGUAUUGUUUAUAAGCCUUCUUCAGACAGUAGUUUUACAAUCAUGCUAUUCUUACACUUGCUAUUUUAUACUUCAAAUGGCCACAUAUUUUCAAGAUAUUUUUGUUAUGCUCAGGAAUCUCUUGUAUAUUUUACUAUUUAAAAAGUGUUAUUUUUAAAUAGUAUAUGUCUCCAAUUUAUAUCAAGAAUAAGAAAAUAUAAACAGGGGAGGCAGCUUGUUUCUAAACAAAUAGUGUUAUCCUUUUACAAUUAACUUUGCACACUGAUUUUAUAAACUUGUUCUAAACUGUAAAUAUGGUUCAUUUUUUUUAAAAUAAAGCUUAACAGCUUCCAUAAU